CACAACGUGAGAAAAAUAAUGUUCUACUUGACUAAUAAUUCAAUUCUUGUUUGAAAAGUGCUUGGAUCGACAUCUGUGAGAUAAACUACGUAUUAAAUUUAUUUUCUGAACUGUAGCACCAUCUAUGAUACUCUAAAUUUAUCAGUACUAAUUCAUAACCUCUUGUUUUACUUCUUCUUCACCAAAGAAAUGGCAUCUUCUAUAUUGAGAUUUAUUAGAACAUUUCAUUCUUUCCAGAAUUAUCAAGUCGUGGAAAAUGGUAGCAAAAUUGUCUCUUUCAUGUAUAAUCAUAACUUUUUAAAGACUCAUAUUCCUAUAAACAACAGCAUACGGAAUACAUCAUUUUUUAAUAAACGUCCUGCUGAACAGUUAUGGAAAGGUGUUACUAGCGUUAGUAAUGCAGGAAAACGGAGAGGUAGAGCACGUGGAUUGGCAAGAAAAAAGGAUUUGAACAGGGGUCAAGUUAUUGGCCAGGGAAAAAUACCAAUACAGUUUCCUGGGUUAAAUGUACCAGUUAUUCAUGGAAAAGAGAUAUUGCAACAACAUAAACUUCCCGAAGAUCCUGAAAGACAAGAGAAGCUUAUUAAAUUGCGUGAUUCUAUGUCAAAAGCGAGACGUAUUAAAUUGUCUCCUUUGGAACGUGGUUGGACGAGUUAUAGACCUGGAGGAAUGAAAAUAGGUCCUCCUGAACCAGUCGGCGAUGAUACAUUUGAGGGUUUUGAAUCAUGGGUACUGGAAUGUAAAUUAGUUUCUACCAUGACUAGUAAUCUGGGACGUAAAAGUAGAGUUAGUGCAAUGGUUGUAACUGGUAAUGGAAAUGGAUUAGCUGGAUAUGCUGUAGCAAAAGCAAAAGAAACAAAACACGCUUUAGCUGUAGCCAAAAGAAGAGCUGGAAAUAAAGUGGUAUUCUUAAAUAGAUACAACAAUCAUACUGUUGUACAUGAUUUUUAUACGCAAUGUGGAAGGACUAAGAUAUUUGUACACAAAAUGUACGAAGGCUAUGGUCUUGUUUGUCAUAGAGCGAUAAAAUGUUGUUGUGAAGCAAUUGGUAUAAAGGACAUUUAUGCUAAAGUAGAAGGUGCUAUAAAUUAUCAGAAUAUCAUAAGAGCAUUUUUCGAGGGUCUCUUAAGACAGAAAACAUUCCAACAAAUGGCAGAUGAGAAAAAGUUACAUUUGGUCGAAUUUAGAAAAGAAAACGAUGAUUUCCCUGUCGUUGUUGCUUCUCCGGCUAAAGUAAGAACAUCAGAUCAAAUACAACCAAACGAAAUUUUAGAUUUUAAUCAAUAUUUAAUGAAUGGUAAAAUUGUAUUGAAGAAAAAGAAACCUCCACCAUUCUUUACUAAACUUGAUUCUUGGGCCGUACGUCUAAAGAAAAUUGAACCUCUUAGAAAUAAGAAAGAUGUUAGAAUAAGAUUGCUCGCAGAAUAUGGUGAUGUUCGUAGUUUCCUUGCUGAUAAAUAUCCAGAAGCAAGAGCGUUAUUAUGGUCGAAAAAACGAGUAAUGGCAGAAAAAGCAGCGAAGGAGAAUCAAUAACUUGAGAAUAUUCUUUCAAGAUUGUAGGAAUUUGUAAUUAGUUAUAUAUUAACUGUAACUAAUAACAAAUAAAAAUAACAUCGAUCUAUUGUUUGAAUAAAGAA